CCGGCCGCCGCCGCCAUGGAGUCGAACCGGGACGAGGCGGAGCGGUGCAUUAGUAUUGCGCUGGCCGCCGCCAAGGCCAACCAGCCCGACAAGGCCCGCCGCUUCCUGGAGAAGGCGCAGCGCUUGUACCCCUCGCAGCGGGUCCGCGUUCUGCUUGAAUCACUCAACAAGAACGAGCAGCCGGCCAAUGGCCAGUCCCAAUCCAAGGAGUCCACAAACCCUCAGUUCAGGAAAAUGAGUGGAGACUUCCCAUCAGCCAACGGAGAAGCUGGGGGGGAGGCCCCCAAGGGCUACACUCAGGACCAGCUGGAUGCAGUGAAGAGGGUAAAGCAGUGCAAAGAUUACUAUGAAAUUCUGGGAGUCAACAGAGAAGCUUCUGAUGAGGAUCUGAAAAAGGCCUACAGGAAACUGGCCCUGAAGUUCCACCCGGACAAGAACCACGCACCGGGGGCCACGGAGGCAUUCAAAGCCAUCGGGAACGCGUACGCCGUGCUGAGCAACCCGGAGAAGAGGAAGCAGUACGACCAGUUUGGAGACGAGAAACUCAACCCCACCCGCCACGGGCACAGCCACGCCGACUUCCACCGCGGCUUCGAGGCCGACAUCUCCCCCGAGGACCUCUUCAACAUGUUCUUUGGGGGUGGCUUUCCCUCUAGUAAUGUUCACGUGUACAGCAAUGGCAGGAUGAGAUACACCUACCACCAGAGGCAGGACAGGCGGGAGCACCAGGGGGACGGUGGCCUGGGGCUGUUUGUCCAGCUGAUGCCCAUCCUCAUCCUGAUCAUCGUGUCUGCUCUCAGCCAGAUGAUGGUGUCCAGCCCACCCUACAGUUUGAGCCCCAGGCUGUCUGUGGGUCACACACACAGGAGGGUCACAGAGCACUUGAAAGUCCCCUACUACGUGUCCGAGAGCUUUGCCGAGGAAUACACGGGCACGAACCUGAAGAACGUUGAGCGGAGCGUGGAGGACGACUACAUAGCAAACCUUCGGAAUAACUGCUGGAGAGAGAAGCAGCAGAAGGAAGGCUUGUUGUACCGGGCACGCUACUUCGGGGACACGGAUCUGUACCAGCGGGCGCAGAAGAUGGGCACCCCCAGCUGUAGCAGACUGUCAGACGUCCAGGCCUCCCUGCACUGAUAGUCCCAGCCCAAGUACGAGCAGGGAACCCAUAGUGCUUUGAUCACUGAGAUCCCUGAUUGAGACACAGCCCUCCAGGAGUCUCCUCGGGGUGCACACGUGCUGGCCUCCCCUCCGACGAGCGCUCCCUCGUUAAUCAGGAAUUGAUUUGGUUUCGUUUGCAUGUCGGCACCCUCGGCUCUCUCCAGGCUCCCUGUUUUCUCUGGCCUCUAGGAACAGGGCAGAAUCCCUUGCUGGGGUUGGAAGUUUUUUACAGGCCCUACAUUUUAAUGAACCCUUGGUUUUUGGUUGCUUUGUUGCCUGUUUUACUGGGGAAGCCGUUUUCCCUGGCACGUGAAGCGACACGGUGACAGGGAAUGGAGUCCCACCCAACAGAUGUUCCUUGUCCCCCCUCCCCUGGCCUUCCCAUUCAAGGAGAACAAAGCAAAUGUUCCCAGCAGGUUGUAGAAGUAACUUACUGGGUUAAACUGGCAGUCAAAGUAAAAGCAGCUGGUGGGGGGUGGUCUGGAAGAUUUGGGGGUUGGAGAGCCUGGAUAACGCUUGUGAGACCGGAUGUGCUGGGAGAACUGCAUCAAAAGAAUGAAAAAAAAUUGCCACAGGGUUUAGAGUCCUUUUUCUGCAUAAAUUUUUGGGCUGAUUUCGCCUAUCAGCUACUGCUGGGCUGGCUGUGAAAUGUGCAGAUCCCACUACUCAAAAAUUAUCUGAGCACAGGAUUUCUGUGGAAAAACCCCUGGAUGAAGUUUGUCCCAGGUGUUGUGUGGACACCGUUCCAGCUCACAGGGACUCCUUGAGGAUUGAGCUGCUUGAUUUGCAGUUUUGGGCAAUCUGAAAGUUUGGUCUUUAAAGCGAAUCCUCCGAGUAUUUAUUUUU